AUGGCCGCAUUCGUGCGAGUGUCCGGACCGCCCAAUGGUAAUUUUCUCAUCGGCUAUCCUGGAAUAUCUGCGACGCUGCCUCGAGUUGAGGGCCGAGUCGAGAUACGUCCUAGUGUUGGCAUCACCGCCCCUGUCAACAUCUCGCUUGUUACCGUAUGUCUUCAACGCAAGGAAACCAUCCACCCUUCCGCAGACUCUGUUACGAAGAAACACCUCGCACCCCCUCGAAAAGAAGUCACGGAGUUGGUUGGGAAGGAAAUGCUCCUGUUUCGGUGCCCCGCUGGACGAGAUUAUGAGGAAGUGAUUUCAAUGGACCUUCCCUUUGUUUUGUUCAUUCCAUUUGGACGAGGGGCUCAAGAGGCAUCUCGGCGAAUCCCUGCAGCCAGUUUACAGCUCCCCAGUCGAACAGCAGAAACAUUUUAUGAGAUUGUUGUAACGGUACAACAGGGCCCGUCAGAACAACGAAAAUACGCCUUUCCGGUUCCCGUGUGCCGGUACGAUACGCUUUCAACAUUUGGAAUGUACAAUAGACCAGAGACCGCAGAGAAGGUGACAGAUCAUCUAGUGACGCUCGGUAUUUCACUUCCACGGGGAUCUUAUGGUCCUCUCGACCCCGUGAGUGUAUACGUCAGGCUGUCACCGAAUCCGGAUUGGCUAGGAAAAGCCAGGAAAGUUACCAUCAACAAAAUCACCAUCGGAAUUGACGAGGAGAUAAUAUACAACCACGAGGGAGACGAACCUCAACGUAAAGUGAAAACCAUCAUUAAGAAAACCGAAACAGUUGGUAUGAGACUCCCCGAUGUAGGUUGGGCAGCAAAUUUGGGACUAGUAUUCCCUGCAAAAGACCUUCGGGAUGCAGACGGAAUCUUACCGCGAGGGAAAGCUGCGUUUCCAGCUUAUGCAGUGGGUGGAUUUACGACUACCGCCAGUUUGUAUAAGAUUGAGUACUAUCUCACUGUGAAGGCGCACUUAAUCUCUGCAAGAGAUAUCAUCAUUCGACAACCUAUCGUGGUAUGUCCGAUUGACCAUGCCGGGUGCAAAGAAGAAAUGGAAGCAAUAGAGCAAUGUGCUCGUGAUGCUGCCUUGAUCAACCCGGAGAAUCCGAUGUUGCCGCACCCGACGAUAAUUCGAUUCCACGAUCACAAUGCACUAGCUGCACUUGGAGUGGCCAUAGUUGGGAAACAGAAGAAGCCUUUGAUUGACUGA